AUGGCGGACCGCAUUGUCCUUCCUCAAGCUGAACACAGUGUUGAAGCCAUCCAAUGCUUUCAGGAACAAGCUAAUAAAGGCAAUGUGUCAUCUUUCCCACCUUAUAAAGAUGUCCCAGGUCCCUGUGAGCCCGAAGAUCUGUUGGAAGGGGUGAUCUUUGGAGCCAAAUAUCUGGGCUCCACACAGCUGGUUUCCGAGAAAAACCCAUCCACAAGCAUUCGCAUGGCUCAGGCCCAGGAAGCCGUUGAUAGAAUUAAGGCUCCUGAGGGAGAAUCCCAGCCAAUGACCGAAGUAGAUCUCUUUGUCUCCACUCAACGGAUCAAGGUCCUCAGCGCUGACACACAGGAAACCAUGAUGGAUCACCCCCUCCAGACCAUCUCCUACAUUGCUGACAUUGGGAACAUCGUGGUGCUCAUGGCCCGUCGGAAGCUCCCUCGCCGGGCAGAUGCUUCCACCGAAAAACAGCUGUACAAAAUGAUCUGCCACGUGUUCCACUCGUCUGACGCUCAGCUGAUAGCCCAAGCCAUUGGGCAGGUCUUUAGCGUGGCUUACCAGCACUUCCUGCGGGCCAGUGGCAUUGACCCCAGCCAGCUCGGCUCCAUGCAAGACCAGAACGAUGAUGAGAAGGAUCCUGGCCUGAUCGAGGGGGAGGAACUAUAUAAUGGAGACCUGGCUCACUUCUCCAAGCAAGAGAACUGUAAGGAAGUAAGAAUGGAGAGGAGGUGUUUUGCUAGAGGUGGAGCACAUUGGAACUGCAUACCCACCACAGAGGAAAUGGCUCUACCCAUCUCAGAUGCUCUCCCUCUGUAUGGGCCUGUGGAAUUGGAUUUGAAAAACCAGACAGAAGUAACCCUCAGCAUCGUCCAUUGCCCUCCUGUCACUACAGCCAUUGUUCGAAGGCCCGGCACAAAAUAUCCCCUAGGAUUCUCUGUGGAAAACGGCAUUAUCUGUAGCCUCAUGCGUGGCGGGAUUGCAGAACGCGGUGGCGUCCGGGUGGGACAUCGCAUCAUUGAGAUCAACGGGCAGAGCGUGGUGGCCAUGCCGCACGAGAAGAUCAUCCAGAUCCUUAGCCAAGCGGUCAGCGAGGUCCAUAUCAAAACCAUGCCAGCCUCCACCUAUCGCCUUUUAACUGGCCAGGAGCAGCCCAUCUUCCUCUGAUGGGCCCUGCCUUGGCCACUGGCUUCCUGUGUCUGCUUCGUAAGCUUGCUGCGCUCCCAAAUCUGAAGCCGGCUUCUGGGCUCCGUGCCCCAGAUUCACAAGGGUUUCGUGACUGUUUCCGCCUCACAAACCAUCCAGCCAAGUUUGUUGUUGGUUUCCUUUGCUGGGGACAUUUAACCGGGGUGUGAACGUGGAAGUUAUGCCUGUUGCUUGAGGUUGGCUUCUACACUAGACAGCGAGAGAGAUUGGAGAUUGAACCUUACACUACUGUGCUCUUCCUGACCUAGAAUGGAUG